CCCGGAGCGCUUCGCCUUACUUGGAGCGGCGCGCGCCGGGCUUCCCUCGCCCUCCCCGCCGGGCGCCUGCGCACUGAGAAGGGAGGCACUCGCCCCGGGAGCCGACGGGCGGGCGGGACGGAGGCGGCGCCUCAGAGCAGGGCGUGUGCCGUGAAGCGGGGAGCCCGGCCGGCCGGAGUUGAGCAGCCAGCAGCGCCCCAGUCCCGUUCCGUCGCUUAACCAUGUCCAAAUCACUGAAAAAAAUUGUGGAGGAGAGUAGGGAGAAGAACAUAUUGGAGGUGGACAUGUGUGAUCGAGGGAUCUCUAGCAUGCUGGACAUAUCUGGCUUGUUCACUCUGUCCCAUAUCACACAGCUGGUCCUCAGUCACAACAAGCUGACAACUGUGCCUGCAAACAUUGCAGACCUCCGGAAUUUAGAAGUGCUCAACUUUUUCAACAAUCAGAUCGAGGAGCUGCCAAUUCAGAUUAGCAGCCUUCAGAAGCUGAAGCACUUGAACCUGGGGAUGAACAGGCUUAACUCCUUGCCACGAGGAUUUGGCUCCUUGCCAGCUCUGGAGGUUCUUGAUUUGACUUACAAUAACUUAAACGAAAAUUCGCUUCCCGGAAACUUCUUCUAUCUAACCACCCUGCGUGCACUCUAUCUAAGUGACAACGAUUUUGAAAUCCUGCCACCAGAUAUUGGGAAGCUCACAAAGUUGCAGAUACUUAGCCUUAGGGAUAAUGACCUGAUAUCCCUCCCUAAAGAAAUUGGUGAACUCACUCAGCUUAAAGAACUUCAUAUCCAGGGCAACCGCCUUACAGUGCUGCCUCCUGAGCUAGGUAACUUGGAUUUGACCGGUCAAAAGCAAGUCUUCAAAGCGGAGAACAAUCCCUGGGUCACCCCUAUUGCGGAUCAGUUCCAGCUGGGCAUUUCUCAUGUGUUUGAAUAUAUUCGGUCAGAGACAUACAAAUACCUUUAUGGCAGACACAUGCAGGCGAACCCCGAACCACCCAAGAAGAACAAUGACAAGUCCAAGAAGAUCAGCCGGAAGCCUUUAGCUGCCAAGAACAAAUAAGCCACCUGUAUUCACCAUUCCUCUAAUUCUUUUUUUUUUUUUUUUUUUUGCAUGUCCAAUUCUUUUAUAUACUUUUUUGCUAGCAGAAAUGGAUGUUUUAUAAAAUAAAAACAAGGAAUACCUUUUUAUAUCCACAGCUACUCACAAAGUGUAAACUGCAUUGGCUAAGUAAUCCAUUAUAAUUACUAAUUUCUGCUUAAAUCAUAUAGCCGUUUGAUCCAAUGUAAACCACUUUAUUGACUCUCAGAACGUGUAUGAAAUGCACUUUUGGCUUAACUAAUUCACACAGCUGGCUACACUUUAUUGCAGCACCAAACCGUGUCUCAAUCAUAUUUUAUGUAAUACUCCAAAUAAAAUCAUUUUUGUACCAUA